AGAGAGAGAGAGAAAGAAACAGACAAAAAUUAGGUGUCCCGCAUUGACAAACUAAUGUGUCUUCAGGUCAGCUAUUGAGACUUUUGUUGUUCCUGCUGCUACCUGUUUCCUCAACUCUCAUGUUCCAAAAUCCACACAAGUCAAUACUAUCUCUCUCCUCAUUUCAAACCCACCAUUUUAUUUCUUUCUUUAUUUUUUAUUCUCACCAAAGAUAAAGAACUUUCCUUUCCUGUCUUCAUCUCUUGAUAAGACUUGUCCUCUUUAUCUCUCUCCUACACAAUCCCAUGCUUCUUUGAUUUGAAAUUUCGCAUAUCUUUGUCUUCCUCUAGAUUCUAUACCAUCUAUCUACUAUCACUGUUUUUUCCUUUCAAAAUCAUCACAAACAGAUAAAAAAGUACACUUUUUCAACAAAAACAUAAAGUGGGUUUGGUUGGAAAUCUUGAACCAGAUCUAGUUUCAUCAGAGUUUGUUGAGAUUGAGUUCUAGGAGUUUUCCUAGAUCUCUUGUUCUUGGGAUUGGUGACCUUGAAAUUGGUGUUACUUCUUCUUUUUGCAAAGUGCAUGCAAGUUGUGAUUAAAAAAAGUUGCUUCAUUUGAGGUUCUUGUGUCAGUGAAACUAUCUUCUGUUCUGGUUUGUUUGUUGUCUAUGAGAGCUUAGUCUUUUUCUUUUUGAGCUAAGCUUUAUUGUUUUCGUUUCAGCAAUGGUGCUACCAAGAUGUUUCUGGUUGACACUGUUUCAGUUUUGUGUCUUGUCUUCCUUACUUGGUUUAUCUCUGAGUCUUGAUAAUAGAACUCAAUCUUGUGAUCCUAGUGAUUUAUCAGCUCUGAAAGAGUUUGCAGGAAACCUUACAAAUGGUUCCAUUGUCAAAUUAUGGUCCAAUGAUAGUGUUUGUUGCAAAUGGCUUGGAGUUGUGUGUGGUGAUAAUAGAGUGACAAAAUUGAUCCUUUCUGAAAUGAGUCUCAAUGGAACAAUUUCACCUUCCUUAGCAAAACUAGAGUAUCUCACUGUGUUGAACCUUUCAUUCAAUCAUCUAGAGGGUAAAUUGCCUCAAGAUUUGUCAAAAUUGAAGCAGUUGAAGUUUCUUGAUUUGAGCUAUAACAUGUUGACAGGACCUGUUUCUAAGUCACUUUCUGGUUUGCAAUCCAUUGAAGUGUUGAAUGUUUCAAGUAAUUCAUUUUCUGAAGAUUUCUUGUUUCAGUCUGUGGAGUUUACUCAUCUUCUAGCUCUCAAUGUGAGUAACAAUUCAUUCACUGGUAAAUUCAGUUCUCAAAUUUGCAAUUCUUCAAAGGUUAUUCACACACUUGAUUUAUCUUCGAACCGUUUCGAUGGUGAUCUUCAAGGUUUGAACAACUGCACUUUAUCUCUCCAAAGGUUGCAUUUGGAUUCCAAUUCAUUUUCUGGCCAUUUACCAGAUUCAUUGUAUUCAAUGUUAGCUUUGGAACAGUUAUCACUCUCUGCCAACAAUAUUUCUGGCAAGUUAAGCAAUGAGUUAAGCAAGCUUACUAGUCUAAAAUCUCUUGUGGUUUCUGGGAACCGAUUUUCAGGAGAAAUCCCAAAUGUUUUUAAGAAUCUUUUGCAGUUGGAACAUUUAGUAGCACAUGCUAACUCAUUUUCUGGACCAUUACCUUCCACUUUGGCUUUGUGCUCUAAGCUUAGAGUUCUUGAUCUUAAAAAUAACUCUUUGUCGGGUCCACUCGAUCUUAAUUUCACCGGAUUAACUCGGCUUUGUUCACUAGACCUUGCGAGUAAUCAUUUAACUGGUCCACUUCCCAGUUCCUUGUCUUACUGUCAUGAAUUGAAAGUUUUAAGCCUUGCUAGGAAUGGUUUAAAUGGUUCUAUACCGGAAAGUUAUGCCGAAUUAUCUUCUCUUUUGUUUGUAUCUUUUUCAAACAACAGCUUAGAGAAUUUAUCUGGUGCACUUUCUGUUCUUCAGAAAUGCAAAAAUCUCACAACUCUUAUCCUUACCAAGAAUUUCCACGGCGAGGAAAUUCCACAAAAUAUACCAACUGGAUUUCAGAGUCUUAUGGUGCUAGCACUCGGAAACUGCGGUCUGAAAAAUCAUAUUCCUUCUUGGCUAUUGAAAUGCAGGAAAUUGGCGGUACUUGAUUUGUCUUGGAACUCUUUGAAUGGUAGUAUUCCUUCAUGGAUCGGUGAAAUGGACAGUUUGUUCUAUUUGGAUUUCUCAAAUAAUUCUCUCACGGGAGAAAUACCGAAAAGCUUGACAGAGAUGAAGGGACUCUUGUGCCCGAAUUGUGGAAGACCAAAUCUCGCUACGUAUGCUUUCAUUCCGCUCUUCGUAAAAAGAAACACCAGUGUUAGUGGUUUGCAAUAUAAUCAAGCUUCGAGUUUCCCUCCUUCGAUUUUAUUGAGUAAUAACAUGUUAAAUAGCAGCAUAUGGCCAGAAAUCGGUAACUUGAAGGCACUUCAUGUGUUGGAUUUCAGCAGGAACAACAUCAGUGGUAGUAUUCCGAGUACUAUUUCAGAGAUGGAGAAUCUGGAAACAUUGGAUUUGUCUUAUAAUGAUCUAUCAGGUACAAUCCCUCCCUCAUUUAACAACCUCACGUUCUUGUCGAAGUUUAGUGUGGCGCAUAAUCGCUUGCAAGGACCGAUUCCGAGUGGAGGGCAGUUUUUAAGCUUCCCUAGUUCAAGCUUUGAGGGUAAUUUGGGACUUUGUCGGGAUGAUGAUAUUGAUAAUGUCACUCCUUGCAAGAUUGUUAACAAUAUGAGGCCCGGUUUGUCUUCUGGUUCAUCGAGAAAAUUUAGUAGGGGCAAUGUUCUUGGCAUAACAAUCAGCAUCGGGGUAGGUCUUGCUUUACUGCUCGCAAUUAUUGUGGUAAGAAUGUCGAAGAGGGAAGAAGAUAAAACUAUCGGUAGCUUCGAUGAAGAGAUGAAUAGUAGGCCACACAGGUUAUCAGCUGAAUCACUUGUUUCCUCCAAAUUGGUGCUUUUUCAGAAUGCAGACUGCAAGGAUCUCACAGUUUCGGAUUUGUUGAAAGCGACAAACAAUUUCAACCAGACGAAUAUUGUUGGUUGUGGCGGAUUCGGUCUUGUUUACAAGGCUUAUCUUCCGAACGGCACAAAAGCGGCUGUCAAAAGGCUUUCUGGUGACUGCGGUCAGAUGGAACGGGAAUUCCAAGCCGAAGUUGAGGCUCUCUCUCGAGCUCAGCACAAGAAUCUUGUUUCUCUUAAAGGUUAUUGUCGCCACGGAAACGACAGGUUGCUAAUUUACUCGUACAUGGAAAACGGAAGCUUGGAUUAUUGGCUUCACGAGUGCGUGGAUGAAACUUCAGCUCUCAAAUGGGAUAUACGACUCAAGAUUGCACAAGGCGCGGCGCGUGGAUUAGCUUACUUGCACAAGGGGUGCGAACCGUUUGUAGUCCACCGUGACGUUAAAUCGAGCAACAUACUUUUGGAUGAUAAGUUCGAAGCUCAUUUAGCCGAUUUCGGUCUCUCAAGACUACUUCAGCCAUACGAUACUCACGUAACAACAGAUUUAGUAGGAACUCUAGGUUACAUUCCUCCAGAAUAUAGUCAGACACUGACAGCAACGUUCCGCGGCGAUGUCUAUAGUUUCGGCGUCGUUCUUCUCGAGCUUCUUACCGGUAGAAGGCCUGUGGAAGUCAUAAAGGGUAAAAACUGCAGGAAUCUGGUGUCUUGGGUUUAUCAAAUGAAGUAUGAAAAUAAUGAGCAGGAGAUUUUUGAUAAAGCCAUUUGGGAAAAGGAAAGGGAGAAACAACUAUUGGAAGUGCUUUCCAUUGCUUGUAAAUGUAUUGACCAAGAUCCAAGGCAAAGACCUUCUAUUGAAAUGGUUGUUUCGUGGCUUGAUGGUGUGAGUUUUGAUGGCUCUCAACAAUGAUCUUAGUUCUUGCUUUUGAUUAGUUUAUCAUUGACAAAUAACAGUACAGUUGUAAAGCAAGUUUGAUGAAUGAAAUGAUGUUGUUAUUUUUGUUUUGGAUAGGAAAAUGUUAGUAUAUAGUUUUGUUACCAUAUCAGAUGAGGUAUCAAACCCCUUGAAUGCUAUUGUUCUUGUUGUUAUUUUCUGAUUUCA